CACAGCUUCUUUUUUACAGAUUUUCCACACCGCGGGUUUUUGUUAGUGACGUAAUAACGGAUGUGAAAGCUUCUUCAGGCUGUGUGAAAAUCACAGGUGAUACUUUAAACAUCAGAGACCUCUGGGUGUUCAAACCUCAAACUAGACCAGACAGACCAGGAUGACGGACACAAAGAACCCAUUGGCGGGACCAAUCUACCCUCCACCUCCUUACCCUACUGCCCCUGUGACGUCAGACAUAGAGACCCACAAUCCUGCACCAGAAAAUAACCCAUUGGCCGGACCAAUUUACCCCCAAUCUUCAUACAUGCCCCCUCCUUACCCUACAGCCCCUGUCAUGGGGGACAAAGAAAACCACAACGCUGCAACAGAAAAUGACCCAUUGGCAGGACCAAUCUUCCCACCUUCAUCUUACAUGCCCCCUCCGUACCCUACAGGCCCUAUCAUGUAUAACCAACCCGUCCCUCCACAAGGCGGCUUCAUUGCACCCAACCUGCCACCAGAGGAGGCUGGCUUCAAAAAAGAAGACCCAAAUGUACCUUUGGUCACAACAGAUGAAUCUAAUCCAAAUCAAGAUAAUGAACUCCUAGUGUCAGAAUUUGAGGAUGACACUAUUCGGAAAGCAUUUAUCAGGAAGGUGUUCAGCGUGGUAACCCUUCAGUUACUAGUCACCUUUACUAUAGUGUGCAUAUUCACCUUCUCAACCACAGUCAAGGUGGCGGUUCAGGGCAGCAUCUGGGUGUACUUAAGUUCAUACAUCAUCUUUGUCGUGGUGGGUUCGUGUCUUGCCAUGUUCUCCAAGUGUAGUCGCUCGCAUCCCUGGAACCUGAUGGCACUGACAAUGGUGACCCUGAGUCUGUCUUACAUGGUUGGGACUGUGGCUUCAUAUCACAACACAACAUCAGUGGUCAUUGCUUUAGGAUCAACAGUGAUCAUCUCAUUCACCAUCAUCAUUUUCUCUGCCCAGACUCGUCUGGACUUCACUGUGUGUAAUGGCAUUCUGCUCAUACUCGCUGUGGACUUACUCAUGUUUGGAUUUUUCAGCAUCUUCUUUUACUCCAGGGUUUUGCAAAUUGUCUAUGGGUGUCUGGGAGCUCUUCUGUAUGCAGUGUUCCUGGCGGUGGACUGUCAGCUGGUGAUGGGCAGGCAAAAAUACAAUCUGAACCCUGAAGAGUACGUCUUCGGUGCUUUAAUUAUCUACCUGGAUAUCAUCAUGAUUUUCCUCUACAUACUUAUGAUUAUUGGCGGAGGCUCAAAGAACUAAACUUCCAUGUACAUAUACCUGCACAGACAUAUUUGACACAUCAGCAUUUACACACACAUACACAGCAGCAGCACUCCUAAUUCUGCACAUGCAUACAAUAUUCAUCUCAUAAAAUACAUGAAACCUUUGAAGAUCAUUCAAAAUGCUGAGGCUGGACUGGUGUAGAUUCAUCUCAAGUACUUUCACGUCACACCUUUCACACUUAUAACACUUGUGCUGGCAUACAAACAAGACAGCCGGAUGGACAAGUGCAGACUCAACCACUUCUACUGACCACCAGGCCACAGCCUCAUAUCAAAGUACAUCUCCUCAUCCCUUGAAAACAGCAGAAUCCAAAUGUGAAAACUCACCUUAUUUAAAAAAAAAAUGUUGUUUGUUUUCUAUGUAGGUGUAGCUGUAUUUGUAUUAGGAGUAUUAAUUAUUAAACAUUUCUCUGUAUAUAUUAACCAGAAGCACAUGUUUCCUUAACAGAUAAUGAUGAUGCUAAUAUGUACUACAUUCUUUCUCUUUGCUGAUCACAACAGUAUUAACAAUACGUUUUAUAUGCUUAAUGCCUUAAUCGUAAAUGACAUCGAUAAAAGCGCCAUUGUGGUUCGUGAAAUCGUCCAAAUCUUGUACUAUACCCUUUGAUAGCAUGACUGCUCUUUAUUUAUGCUUAUAUUAAAUCCAUAAAUCCUUGUACUUGACAUCAGCGUGUUAUAUUAGUUGGAGAUGUGUAACAUAAAAAUGUUUUAAAUAAUAAAUUGUUUUAAAAAACUGCA